AUGUUCGCCAAGACUGCCCUUGCUCUCGCUUCCACCAUGCUCUUUGCCGCUACCGGCGUUGUUGCUGGCGAUGCCCACUCCAACCUCGACUGGUAUGCUCCCAAGAAGGUACACACCCAGGUUUGCGGUCAUCCUGGAGAUGAACAUCCCGAGGACUGCGACCAGUUCCACACCGACUUCAAGAACGAACUUCACGACAAGAUCAUGGACUCGUGCAAGACUUCGUCGUGCUCUGGUGAAUUUGAGCAUUACAACUACAAGAUCACGAUCGACGCCAUCUUCCCUCCCGAGGCCAAGGAUGAAUUCAACACUCAGGUCCGCAACAUUCUCGAUAAGGUUGUUGCCCACGAGAACCAGCCCAGUCUGACCCCCGGAUUCUCUUUCGAGACCAAGUUCACCAUCCCCUCCAAGAUGAUCCUGAACCGUUUCGGUGACGGCAACGAGAAGGGCCACAUGGAAAUCACCGUCGAACUUGAGGAUGAGGAUGGCCUGUGUGAGAUCUUCCAGAAGAUUGGCACUGCUGGCAGUGUUAUUCCCGAGGUUGGAGGAUUCUUCGGUCUUAUCAACUUGGCUGAUUGCUAA